AGCAAAUCUGGAAAUUUAUAAUUUUAUAAUUGAAAGCAACAUUACAAAAAUGCCAAAUCCCCCCCCCCAAAUCUCCGGGAAUUCUAAGCCACAGAAAACUCGAGGGGCUGAGGCAAUGGCCAAUGACGAAGAAGGCUUUGCUUUUGUCUCUAAACUUCUGAAAAACUCCAGCAAUCCCAGUUCCAGAGUUCCCUUCCAAUGGCGUCCACCACAACUCUUCAAGCUCCAUACUCUCUCACUCAAACCCCAAAACAUGCCUCGCAUUGUCCAAGACUGUAGAGCCGCGGCACCGAGAGCGAGAACCGGAAGAACGGAACACCGUGAGGUGGGCUUUUUCGCCGCAACUGGUCCAAGCAAACAAAGGCCUCCUCCUGGAGUCGAUACGAUUCAUUGGGAAAACGAAGACGAAGGCUGGAUUGGCGGCGCGUCGAAUUCACAACAAACAAAGGAGAAAUUCAAUCCAGAAGAAGAACAGAAGAAUCUCCUGGGUGAAAAGUUCGCCGAUUUGCUCAACCACUCCACCGAUUCUCAUUACCAGUUCCUGGGAGUGUCAGCAGAAGCUGAUUUGGAGAUAAAAGCGGCCUACAGGAGGCUAUCAAAAGAGUAUCAUCCAGACACGACAUCACUUCCAUUAAAAGCAGCUUCAGAGAAAUUCAUGAAGUUAAGAGAGGUUUACAAUGUGUUGAGCGACGAUGAGAGCUGUAGUUUCUACGACUGGACCCUUGCACAAGAGGCGGCUAGCCGUAAAGCCGAGAAACUGAGGAUGAGAUUGGAUGAUCCGUACCAGCAAGACCUCAGGAACUACAAACCCAAACCAGAUAAGGUCGACCGUCUUGGCGGGAGGAACAUGGACCUAAGUGACCAAGCUUUGACUGCCCUCACCUUUGAUGUUUUCGUCGUAAUCUUUGCAAUCUGCUGCACCGUUUAUGUGCUUGUGUUUAAAGACCCUAUUAGUAGAAAAUUUGUAUAUAAGUGAAUCCAUAGUUGUUGAAAGAAGAUUUUGAAACUUGAAUUGAUUAUAGCCAUGGAUGAUGAAUGAAUGAUAUA